AUUUAGCGUUUCCCAGGGUAAGGCGAUCGUUGUCCUCAUACCACGUGACCUGCUCAGUAUUCUCCCCUCUGAACCUUUCCUUAGUAUGGCAGAUAGAAGCAAAUUACAUGCCCUGUUUGCUCUAGUCCCAGGGAAACAGCGAUUUGGCAUUUACCGAUUCCUUCCUUUUUUCGUUGUACUUGGCGGUGCCAUGGAAUGGUUCAUGAUUAAUGUUCGAAUUGGCAAGGAGACAUUUUAUGAUGUUUACAGAAGAAAACAAUCAGAGCGACAGCAGGAGUGGAAAGUAGAAGAGAAUUUGAUCGAAGAGACUCCAAAAUAAAGAGACUUAUUGGAUUUUCUGUUAACUGAAAAACAUAUACCAGUAACGUGGAAAAAUCUUAAAAUUAGAAUUUAUUACAUUAAAAUAUUUACUAUAUUUGUAAAUGCUAGAGCUUUUUCGAAACUCAAUGAUAACAGGGGUGAAUAUGUACAUUUGUGCUGGUGCAGAUGCCUGUAAGGGAAUGUGAAGACAUUUAUGUGGACAAGAGUUCAUGUGUGUUUAUAUGCGUAGAAAUGCCACAAAGAGAACCUAAACAUUUAUUUUGGCAUGGUCAGUAGACCAAAACACACAGGGUUAUUCAAUAAAGUGAGUAUUUAACGUUAAUUUAAAAUUUAAAGGACAACUGUCACCUCAAAACUAUUUCUUAAAAAAA